UGUCUGCACUUGUAAAUAUAAAUAUAUCACAUUUGGUUAUCUUCUCAUACACUGUAAAUAAACUUCACCUUGUACGAAAGUACUCUUACGGUUUGAGCCAUCGUUAUUGUGGUAUUUUGAGACAUACCCACGUCUCAAAGCGAACUGGUGGUGUUCGCUUUAUCACAGUGUGGGAGCAUCAGAGACACAAAUGAACACCCCAAAACCCAGAAAAAGUGAGUUUUCCAUAAUAUGGGCACUUUAAGACACAUAACACAUAUUAAAAAGUAAUUAUUUAAUGAAUAUAUCUUUUCAAAAACAGAAAAACAAAUCCCUAAAUUUGAAAUUGCCCUUUUGGAAAUGUAUGUUUUACUUGCCAAUUCAUACUGCUUAUUUAAAGUUUUGCAGAAUUUCUUUAAAUGUGGUUUUUCCAUUAAAUGGCUUUGCAAUGUACUAUCGCCUUACACUGUCAGUCAAUGAGAGGCAUUAGAUACGGUCUGUUUAUACAGGCGCUGCAGCUCCCCCUUGUGUUUUUCAGAGUGAAAUGCAAUCAUUGCGGUAAUCUAAAUUACAUCGCGAUGAGGUCAAACAAUCGCGAUGAGACGAUUAUUUAAUCAUUGUGACAGCCCUAAUCACCAUCUACUUAAGAUAUUCUGGCUCACACUUCAUAUUAUUUUUUAUGGGAAAAGAAAAUAAUGAGUUUGAAACAACACGGGAGUAAGUAAAUCAUAACCAAAUGUUCAUUUGUGGGUGAACUAUUCCUUUAAGAUACAAAUAUUAAAAUUCAUGAUCUCAAAUGGGUCUAUAGAUACAUCGUAAAGAGGGUUAAACUAAUGACUCUGAAACAACAAUGAAAGUUGAUUGCUGCGAUUGUGCAAUCGUAAAUGUUUACUUGUGAGUUAUCGGACUAUACGCAGUAAAUGCAGUCUGACAAUUGGCCAUUGGGUCCAACAGUCCUUGUUCAAAGCACAUGCUGUGUUAUACAGAAGAGCUGCUUUGUUUAACUGUUGGGGUGAUGUGGUUGUUACUCCUGCCUCCAAGAGCAGAGCCUGUCAGUUCUGACUGUGGUUUCUUCAGCCCACCAAACUGAAAAAUAGACGACCACCCUCUUAAUUCUUUGGCUUUCCUCUCCUCCGGUUGAGUUAGUCUCUAGCUAGUAAGCCAGGUUUGCAGUCUGCCAAAUCAUAUGGGUUAUUUUGCUUCAGCUGUGCUUGGAUUAACCUCUGCAGUCGCACGUUUGGUUGAAAGCACCGCAUUGCUAUGUUGUCAAGUUUGCCGUAACCGAUCAAGACGUUCGUCUUUUGUUACAGGCAGCAAGCAUGAGUCAGAACAGAGGGUUCGUCCACCACGAGCCGUACAGCCUUUAUGAUAGAGUUCUAUGACAAGGACAAUCCUCGCAAAAGACGUUCCUACUCGUUUUCGCAGACCGUGCCGCUUCUUGGAGGCGUGGCAGGGGAAGGACUUUGCCCCACGCCACCUUCCCGUCCUAAGGUCGUUCCCAGGGCAGUGGAAGGCAGCAAGGGUUUGUCACCGUCCCUGGCGGCGGCCGCCUCAACGGCUGCACCGCUUCUGCUCAAGCAAAGGUCGGAGGAACAAAAUGUGGUCCAGAGCUCUGCAGCUCAGCCCGGUGCUACAGAUACAAAAGCUCAGAAACAAGAUGAUGACCAGAGUGAUAAAGGCACAUACACCAUUGAACUGGAUAACCCCAACCCUGAGGAAGAGGAGGCACGGCGGAUGAUCGAUAAGGUGUUUGGGGUUCAGGAUCCUGGUCGCCCUGAGCAACAGAAGGACAGCAAGAAGUAGAGUUGCACGAUAAUGAGAAAAUAUGCGAUAGUUCUGUUGGUGGGUGCGAUGGCGAUAUGUCUUACUUAGAGAAAUUAUUUUUUAUUUGCUUUUAUUUUAGCAUUUAGAUAUGUAAUGAAAUAAAGAGGUAAUGCAUAUUCUAAAGAUGUAAUUAAACUAUGCUAUACAUGUGACAAAAAACUAGUAAUGUGUGACCAUAAAGCAGUACUUUGAUUUAUUGAAUAUUUAUAUUAAUAUCACAAAUCCAACUGCUCCAAACUCUAUUUCCUUUCUCUUUGACAUGAACAAAGCUGAAUGAAUUGUGAAUAUGACCCCCUUUAAAGGGAUUUAUUAACAUUGUGAGAGGUGUAGAAAGACUAAUUUUAUACAAUAAAAUGUAUAAUAUAUUAAUGAUAGACAAUGCAGGUCUAUGGAUUAUAAACAGGUCUAAAGAUUAUAAAGUUGAUAGGUUUGUGUAGAAGCAGUAAAAGUGCCUCUCUUUCUAUUCCUCUGUUGCAGAUUAAAAGAGCUUAAUUUGUCAUUACUUUAGAUUCAAAAGUAUACUCUAUAUAAAGUAUUUAGAUUCAGCUUACAUAAUGACAGUUUGAGAGUUUGAGCUGCUUGUUCAGUACAUGGGCUUGGCAUAAACAUUGGUUAUUUGCUACCAUCUUUGUAGCAAACAUAUAAAAAGGCGGUUCAUUGAUAAUAAUACUAUAAACAUGGGAGAAAGAAAGUGCAGCGCGUGGCCGUGACUUUAUAUAAACAAGAGUCAGUUUUCAUCGCCAUAGAAACCGGAGGCACGCUUGAGACUGCACAUGCGCUAUAGCACGUUAGCGCUGACUGACUCUUCACGGCCGUCUCUGAUCGACUUGGGUUUAAACAGACCCGGUACCUGAAGUAAUUAAAAUGGGACCGACUCGGACCCGACUGACCUUUCAAAAUAUAGACUCGUGUCCUUCCGUGAAGACCUCUAAUGGAUACAACUAUGAUCAAGUUCAGGAACAUGGAAGGAAACAAUGUGACACUGAGCUUUGCGUCGCACCUAAUCCAUCGAGAAACAGAAAGCACGCGAACGCACAGCGAACUCAUCAGAAAAGACACGACCUGCUCGCACGCAUAAUGUCAUUAUCACGGCCAGAAAAAAAACAAAAUUUGAUGCUAAAUAUACGUGGACAGUUGUAAAUAUACUUGAGAGAGCCGCCCAAGUAAAGUAAGUGUGUGGGAACCACCUUCUGAUCGGUGUAAUUUGGACGAUCUAAGCACGCAACACUCAAAUGAUAGACACGUAAAAUAAAUGCAAGUUAUCGCAGCUCCCUGCGAUAUGCAUAUCGCAUACACAAUUAUCGCGACGGCGACACAUUUUCGAUAUAUCGUGCAGCCCUAGCAAGAAGCUUAGCUCAACCGAGGUAAACACAAACAUAAAGUGAUUUUAGAAGAAUUUUUUUAACCAUUGUUGGUUUGCUUACUCACUUGCAUAUUAUGUCAUUUGCACUCAGCUCUGUUGUCAGAGGAACAAUGGCAAAGUUUUUAUGGUCAAGUAGUUUUUGCAGAAAUUGUUUGCUGCGAUUCAGCAGCAGUCAGUUGUAAUAGAAACCAUGGUGUUUCGGAUGUUAUUGGUUAUUUUUGAUUAUACAGUAUCAGGGUUAAAUUAGCCUACAUAGUUUGUAGUGUAAGGAAAGUGACUUGCAGGAAUAAAGACUAAAGUUUUUCAUCAUCUAUACCACUUUGUAGGCAGAGAACUGAUAUAGUUAA